GAUUGUCUUCAGAGAGGGAGAGAGCAAGUCUUUUGGCCUGAAAUAAUUGAUAUUUUAAGAAGAACCCGUUAAAGGCACAAUAUAAAGUGACAUGUCUUGCAUUCAGGCUCAAACAAUUAUCUUUUGAGACACAAAUCACCGUUGGAGUUCGACUCAGUUGGACAAAUAUGUUUCCAACACUCCACUUGACUCACUUCUCUCUACUUUCAAUUAAGCUUACUGUUGUCGACCGUAACGUCUGCAACAUGAUUACCAUGAAUGCCUUUUUUUCUUGACAAUAUUACCCUUAUUCUCUUUUCUUCUACUUCAAGUGUCAUUCCCUAAGCCUACUCACCACCUUUUACUUGUAAAACUUGUCUUACUUUGCUUCAAAUCUUAUAAGAGAGAGGUAGAUUAAUCAGCAACGCACAGCUCAACAAUGGGUAUGGGAACAAGCACUUUUUUAAUCAGAUGGAUUAACUUUCUAACCAUGCUCUUUGCUAUUGCUGUUAUAAUUUUUGGGGUAUGGAUGAGCACUCAUCACGACGACUGUCGAAGGUCCCUCACUCUCCCUGUCUUAGGCCUUGGUGCUUUCAUCUUUGCAAUAUCUAUAAUUGGCUUCUUGGGUGCAUUGAAGAGAAAUUCCAUACUAUUGUGGAUUUAUCUCAUCAUGUUGUGCUUGGUUUUGGUGGCAAUUUUGGUGUUCACAGUGUUGGUGUUUAUUGUCACAAAUAAUGGAUCAGGUCAUAGUGUGGCUGGUUUGAGGUACAAGGAGUAUGAGCUUAAGGAUUACAGUUCAUGGUUUCGUAAAGAGCUGAACAAUACCGAAAAUUGGAAGCGCUUGAAGAGCUGUCUUGUGAAAAAACAUGACUGCAAUAAUCUAUCAAAAAAAUAUAAGACUCUUAAGCAGUACAAGUCAGCAAAAUUGACCCCCAUUGAAGCUGGUUGUUGCCAACCACCAUCUGAAUGCGGUUAUCCAGUGGUAAAUGCAACAUACUACGACUUGAGCUUUCAUCCUGUUAGUUCCAACAAAGACUGCAAACUCUAUAAAAAUUCUCAAGCUGUGAAGUGCUACAAUUGUGAUUCCUGCAAGGCUGGUGUUGCACAAUACAUGAAAACUGAGUGGAGAAUAGUUGCAACUUUUAAUAUGGUUCUCUUUAUUGUGCUGUCAAUUGUAUACUUUGUGGGAUGCUGUGCAAGGCGAAAUGCUGUAAGAAGACGCUCAAAAAUUUGAAAACUCUCCAUCAAUGUGCUAAAAAAUGUGUUCAAGAAGCAAAUCUACUCGUGCUCCUGAAUAUUCUGAUGUUCUGUAAGAGUGGUUUUGUUUAAUUACUUAUAAUCUAAGAAAAUCAGAUAACCAAUUGUCGUUCUCUCAUAUGAAGGGUCAAAAAGCUUGUGGCUUUAGGUCUGUAUUCGAAUUGCUGAACAUUGUCUCGGUAAAAUUGUUUAAUCAUCUGAGAGAAAACUACUUCAACAAAACAAUGCAGUAUCUGUAAAUUGUUCAUCAGAGUAUUCAGUGUUAUUUCUUUUA